AUGAGUGCUGCUUCAGACAACUGGAUUUCUCGCACAAUUUUCACCACAUUUGCCAUCGCGGCAUUUCUUGGUAACGGUUUGGUGCUCGGAUGUUAUUUGAAGAAACGUAAACGACCCACCUUAACACCGUUCGACAUAUACGUAAUCAACCUCGCUUUGUCUGAUGUUCUUGCAGGCGUUUUCUUGAUUUUCAAUCGGUUCGUAUACCUACCAGCGAUGCCCAACUCUCAGCCUAACGCACAUUUAUUUUGCACUAUUUUAUGGGGAGGUUACAUAUUAUUUGGUCUCUGUUACGUUUCGGUGUACACUUGUGUUGCUCUUACAAUUGAACGCUGGUUAGCAGUAGUUAAACCCCAUAUCUAUCGUCGAAUUAAGAACAAAAACGCACUAAUCUCUCUGAUAUUUGUCUGGCUUUGGGCUUUCUUCAUUAACUCGACUGUGUUUAUCAGUGUUGAUGAAAAUUUCGAAAAGGGAAAGUGUAAGUGGGUAGAGCCAAAUUUUGGUGAAAAAAUUUUCCCAUUUUUGGAAUUGAGUUUCUCUUGUGUCUUACCAUUUUCAAUUAUCAUAUUUCUGUAUUCCCAUAUCGUGUGGAAAAUACGACGGAUGGAGAAUUUUUUAAAGCAAUCAAAGCACAACUACAAAAGACGGAUCACGAUUAUUGGUCUUGCUGCUUCGGCCGCUUUAGUGGUCGGCUGGACGCCUGUGAAAGUUAGUUUCAUGCUGAGAUAUACAGGCGUUGGAGGAAAGCAUCUUCAAGGACCAAUACAUUUGGCCUUUAUAAUGUUAGCGUCGAGCAACAGCUUUGUUAACCCAAUUUUGUAUGGAAUUUACAGUUCAAAGUUUAGAGAUGAAUAUAAAGAAAUAAUUGGUGGAUUUUUUUGCCAAAUAUUUACAAGGCAAUCCAGUGGGAGAAGAGAAAAGAAAAGCACAUCAAAAAACUUAAUUGAAUUAGUAUGA